GUAAAAGACGUUUUCUUUCCUUUCUAUUUUGAUUCAAACAGUGAGCCAUGGCCGCUUCACCGACUCUGUCCGAUGCUCAGCUGGCUCUCCUCCCUCCUCCGCCGGAAUCCGAGUCUCAGAUAUCCUCCCUCCUCUCCGAGGUUUCGCAACAAGUUCUGGCAGCAAUGGAGGACAUGCUCAAGUCGGUCAGGGAGAUUGAUGAGAAAUCUGGUGAGAUUACGGUGGAGAUUGACAAGUGCAAGGAGUCUGCGCUGGAGAAGAAGAGAGGCUUGGACGAAACCAAAGAACAAGUCGAGAAAGCUGCUUAUGCCGUUUUGCAGAUGCUCAACAACACCAGAGCAUAGAACGCUAUUGUUUUAGCAAGCUGGAGCAAGACAUGUCCAUAGGAGCUGUGUAUCUGAUGAUUCUGUUUCAAAAGAGAAAGUAACCAAAAUGAGGUUGUUGUGAUUGUUUUUUUUCUGCUUCAUUUUUUUGGACUGGAAUGUGAUGCUUUGUACCACGCUAGAGAUUACGUUUCUGAAAUUUAAUCUGUUUGUGAAUUGAUCAAAAUAUAGUGAUCAAUAUCCCUUCACGUUUAAGUUUGGAUUUUGAUCCAAUAGUGUCAUUGAGUACAUACGAAAUUCUUGGUUCAUCUUACCAAAAGAACACU